AUGAUCGAGCGGGCGCGGCGCCACGGCUACGCGAGCCGCUACUGGGCCACCCCGCACGAAGCGGCCUACCUUUUCCAGAGCCCAUUCCCGGAUUCCCUCGUGGGGGCGACGGCGGACGGGGUGGGGGUCGCCAACCUCUUCACCUCGAGUCCGCUUUACUACUACAACGUCAGCGGGACGGCGGACCCGUCCAAAUUCACGGCGAAGACCUGCCAGCGCUACGACCCGUUCAACUACAUCGGCCGCUUCUACCGGCCCAUCACCGCGGUCCAGCUCAAGCGCUUCGCCAUCGCGUACGAUUGUCUGGACCAGCAGCAGUGGGUGACCCCUUUACGCGUCCAGUGGCUGCGGACCACGAUCAAAAGAGACGCCAGGCCGGUUAUCAUCUUCUACGGACAUGGGAGGGUCGUCCAGCUCGUGAAUAUUAACAUGACGGAGAAUCCUAAGCGUCUAGAGGAGUUUACAUUGAUGGAAUCGGAUCUCAUCGGUGACGAAGACAGACUGCUGAUUUUCUAG